AUGAGGGCCUUGGAACCGCUGGGUUUCCGCUUCAAAAAGAUGCUCGGCCAGGGUGGGGGCGGUAUUGCACUUCUUGUUGACUUGCUGGACCAAAAUGGCCAGGCGGAUCAAUGGGUGGUAAAAGUGCCCGUCGGGAAGUCUUCGUUGGGACGCGAGGCCACUAACAUGAGGUCUAUGGUUGGGGCAAGACACAUUGUUCAACGCAAGUUCAUACGAAGUCCUGAUCCGAGUGCGGCGGCGAAUCGGGUCAAGCUUAACACAGAUGAGCCUGACUUCUUCAGAGCUUGUGUGGCAAUGUCCUACCCCGGAACGUGGUCUGCUGGCCUCAAUCCCGAAACAGACUUGAUUCCACUGCGAGACGAGUCUAUCCCAGACGACGUGCCCAUCGAAACAGCCUCGUCCCUAGUACACUUCGAUAUCGACCCUGAUAAUAUCCUCAUCGGGGACUUCGAAUCCGAUCCAGGAAGUCAUACUCACGAAAUUGUCCCAAUUUUCAAGGCAUAUCUAGGCGUGGCCAGGCGUCUCGAUGAGCUGGAGCGAGAUAGGAAUGACCUGCAGAAUCGAGAUGCUAUUUACAAGAAGGCUGGGGAAAGUGGAAAACCACACACCACUGAUACUCGUCUUGAACAGGAACAAUUCACAAAGGAGUGGGAUUAUCUGGCCGGACCACCCAGUCGAACAAAUGAGCCAGUUGCAGGGAACUACAGCUGGAAAACGAAUCUUUACGCAGUCGGAAACGUCAUGUGGCAGCUCCUAACACGAUGCUGUACCCUCCUGCCACCGAACCACGGGGACAUAGAAUUUUUCCCAGACGGAGUAAAUCCAGUCAGAGGCUUGACAUAUGGUGCCGAUCUCAUAUUUAGCCAAAUUGCGGAUGAAUAUGACGAGACUUUGAGGACCACAAUAAUGUGGUGCAUGAUGCACGACCCAGCGGAAAGACCUACUCUAAGACAGCUGGAGCAUUUGAUUGUGGGAAACCUCGGGAUCUAUCAAAACGACGGGGACCAAAACACACAAGGCAGGACCUCGAUCAGCGACAUCCUCGCCAUGCCCCCACCGCCUUCCACGCCAUCCGCGGUAACCACAUCAUCUACGCUGGCAGGACUGGCAAGAGGCGCCGGUGACGUCCGCCGGCUAGUGCGAUAUACAUCUCCAGGCUUGGAUAUCCCGGGAGAGCUCAGGCGGAGGACCGCGAGGGUUCGGAAUCGCGUGCGGGCGACUAGGGACGCGUUCAGGGCUGGUCCCGGAGUGCGAGGUAUGGCACGGAGGGCGGGGAGGUCCAUCAGGCGCGUCUUCCGUGGGGCCGUGGGGCGGGUCACGGGAGGCAACAGGCAGACCCGGCUGGGGAGUGCUACUCUUCAGCGUCCGGUGGAGCAGCAGGACGGGCGGGGGCAGGCUUCCGUGGAGGAGCUCCAGAGGGCUAUGGCUUCCAUGGGAUUCUAUGGUGCUCCCUGA